GUAUACACCUGGGGAAGUGGAAUAAACGGUGCAUUAGGUCAUGGAGAAGAUAUUGAUAUACCAUCUCCUAGAGUUGUUGAGGCUUUGUUAGCAUAUAACAUUAAAAGAUUAGCUUGUGGCUUACAUACAGUGUUCGCAUUAAACGCAGAAGAUGGCAAGGUUUAUUCCUGGGGCUUAGGGAAAUAUGGCAUUUUAGGACAAGGAAAUCUACGUAGUAGAUUUGCACCCCUUAAGAUAGCUAGUUUUAAAAGUAGUAACGUCAUCGACAUUUCCUGCCAUGAAUUACAUGCCGCAGCUGUCACAUCUGUGACAAAUACAGGUAGUGUAUAUUCGUUUGGCGAUAACUCAAACUCACAAUUAGGAGUUGGUGAUACUGAGCCGUAUGCCGAGCCUCAAUUAGUCACUGUAUUAAAUGAUGAAAACAUUAUCAAAGUUGCAUGUGGUAAAUAUCAUUCUGCUGCGCUAUCAGCAAAAGGAAAUUUAUUUCUUUGGGGCCUUGGUGACGACGGCCAAUUGGGUCUAGGUAAUUAUAAUCUUUCAACCGAACCCACUAUACUUCAUAUAGGAGAAAAGAAAGCUAAAGUUAUGGAUGUUGCUUGCGGAGAUCUCCAUACAUGCAUACUGACAGUCGGUGGCCUUGUCUACGCCUUCGGUAGUAAUAUUUAUGGACAAAUAGCUGCACCGAGUAUGAAUAAAUUUCACCUUCCUUACCGCAUUAGUUUCAAUACAAGUAAAAGAUUUGUAUCAGUGUCAUGCGGAUCUUUCCAUUCCGCAGCUAUUACAGAAAACGGUAAAUUAUAUGCAUGGGGACUGGAGACCGAUGGAAGAUUAGGCUUGGGGGAUUGUAAACAAAGAUCUUCACCGACGGAAGUGGAAGGAUUUCGUGAUAAGAAGAUAGGUCGUAUAGCCUGUGGUAGUAAACAUACAGCAGCGCUGAUAAUUCUUUCAAGUUCUGCGGACAAAAAGUUCAAAUCUAGUUGGCGAACUACAUAA